AAAGACUCCAAGUCAACUGCUUCAGCUCUCUCAGACAACCCAGGUAAGUAAAAGGUAAGUCACGCUCCGGACCCGGCUGGUUUUGCUCCUCAGAUGCUUCAAACUGCUUCUUAAUUGGGAAUCGACUCCUGCCUCCCACGCUGUCAACUCGAUCGUCUCGACUCCUCGCAGCUGCUUGACGCCUUCUCUUCCUCCCCGGCAACCCAAAGCCAUCGCCUUGCAGCCUCCUUUGUUUCCUGUACCCCACGUGCUGGCGGGCUCGGCAACGCGUUGAGUUUGUUCAGCUUUAUCUUCCGGACUUAGAUUGCAGUGCUUGUGUGUGGAAGCUAGGAAAGCAGAGACAUCAUCAUGGAGAACUACCAAAAAAUCGAGAAGAUUGGUGAAGGAACGUAUGGUGUCGUCUACAAGGCUCGCGAGCUCACUCAUCCCAACCGGAUUGUCGCUCUGAAGAAGAUUCGACUGGAGGCGGAAGAUGAAGGCGUCCCCAGCACAGCCAUCCGCGAAAUCUCCCUUCUCAAGGAGAUGAGCGAUCCCAACAUUGUCCGGCUCUUGAACAUCGUCCAUGCAGAUGGCCACAAGCUCUACCUCGUCUUCGAAUUCCUCGACCUCGACCUCAAGAAAUAUAUGGAGGCUCUUCCUGUCAGUGAAGGUGGGCGUGGCAAAGCCCUCCCCGAAGGUUCCGCUUUGAGCAAAAACAUGGGUCUCGGGGAUGCCAUGGUCAAGAAGUUCAUGGCUCAGCUAGUAGAGGGAAUUCGUUACUGCCACAGCCACCGCAUUUUGCAUCGUGAUCUCAAGCCUCAGAACCUUUUGAUUGACCGCGAUGGUAAUCUUAAGCUGGCGGAUUUCGGAUUGGCAAGAGCGUUCGGUGUUCCUCUGAGAACCUACACCCAUGAGGUUGUUACUCUCUGGUACCGCUCUCCUGAGAUCCUUUUGGGUGGCCGUCAAUACUCUACCGGUGUCGAUAUGUGGUCCUGUGGUGCAAUCUUUGCAGAGAUGUGCACUCGCAAGCCACUCUUCCCUGGCGACUCUGAGAUUGACGAGAUCUUCAAGAUCUUCCGGCUCCUCGGUACCCCGGAUGAGGCUGCCUGGCCCGGCGUCACUUCCUUCCCCGACUUUAAGCCGACUUUCCCCAAAUGGAAACGUGAUGAAACGCGGGCACUCGUCCCCGACCUCGAAGAGGAUGGUCUGGAUCUCCUCGAUGCUCUGCUCGAGUAUGACCCAGCACGCCGUAUUUCCGCCAAACAAGCCUGCAUGCAUCCCUACUUCAAAAACGGCAGUGCGUUCUACUCCGGACGCACCCGGCGAAAUGGAGUCCACUAACCGAUCCAUGCUGCGUAUCAUCCGUUCAUGUUGAUGUAUGUAUGCGUGCUAUAACUGCGACAGACGGAGUGGUGCACGGUCUUUAAGCCUCGCCCGACUAUCCACUGGCCAUGCCUGCACUCGGCUUCCCCCAGUAUCUCUACUUUAUUUUUCGUGAUGCCCUAUGAUUUUCUUCUGUUCCUUCGUAUUUGUUCCUUUCAUGAUGGCGUUGCAUGCGGAGUGCUCUGGAACGGACAAGAUCAGGAUACUGGAUAUUACAAGGAGUGUUUUGACUUAUGCGUACAUACCCAUAAAUGAGUAACUGCCAAAAGAAACAACAGUAUAUCAAUAGCAGCCGUUGCUUUCCGCGGGUCAUGGCUAAUGGCAUCCACAUGCUGUUUCGUGAUACAGUGACUCUGGGUUAUUCAUACAAAGUACAG